UUGUAUUGUACGUUCACACAUUUUUAUUGCGAUAAUAAAUUGUUUUAAACUAAAAACUAUCUUAGUUUUUGUUUAGGAAAGACAGAAAAACCAUGGAUGAAGAAAAUGGAGUGGGAACGAGACAGUUUAGGAUAGAUUUUGUCGAGGAAACUGAGGACACUUUUCCAGUGAGCAAGCCUAGAAAGUCCUUGGGUGUCUCGAACUCUACCUUUCGACCGCUGCGGCUCGGAAGUGUUUUGCAUACGUGGACAGAUCUAUCGAGGAUUAACUAUAUCCCUGCUUUGACAUUCUCGGAUUUACGUAGAGAAUCCCGUGUUCUAAGCACCAGCGUGUUUCCAAAGAACUUUACGAAUAUCGACUUCGAUAAAAUUACAAUAAAUAGUAAAGAUAAUGACAGCACGAUCUCCGAAACCUUUUUCGUGAACGCGACGUCACUGCUGAAUGAAGAUAACUUAUGGGGAUGUUUUUACAAUUUCCCGGGUUUGUACGAAGACGCGUAUUCCCCUGUGGUUCGUAUUAGGAAGAUAGAAGACGUUCCCGAACUUGAAAGAGGAGUGCUUACGGGGGACAUGGUCACCGCAUGUCUUAGUUAUUUGAAGCGAACACCGAUUCUAGGAGACUUUGUUUACAUCAAGCUCGAUCUAUCAUCGAAGUAUCUAACUAACAUAGAUGUAUUGCAGCACUACAAAUACAUAGUAUAUUUAGAUCUCUCUUCAAAUUUAAUAAGUGAUCUAAAUGUUCUGUCAAAGCUUCCAUAUUUACAGUAUUUUUCUGUGAAUUACAACAGAUUAAGAACUGUUUUGGAUUACGAAACACCGCAAUGGUUUUUAACUGAAGUACACUACAGAUAUAACUCUGUGUUAACGAUUCGUGAUCUGAGUGCGCUGUGGUCGAUUACUGUACUAGAUCUAGCGCACAAUAAUAUUAAAGAGAUAAGUGGACUUCAAAAUUUAAGAUAUUUGCGUCACCUCGACCUCUCGUUCAAUCAUAUCCAACGAUUGGAAAAUCUGAAUCACCUGCGUCUUUUGUGGUUGGACGUCUCCUAUAAUAACUUAUCGAGCUUCGAGUUUGGGCCAGACGCAGGCCUGUGGACACUGCUACAUCUCGAGUAUCUUAAUUUAAACGAGAAUAACCUUAUGUCUAUGAAAAUAUUUUCGGGUUGCACAAGAAUUCGAGAACUGCACGCGAAGAAUAACAGAUUCAGUAUGUUGCUGGAGCUAGCGGUGUACAUGCGAAAGCUAAGACGUCUCAUGCUGGUGGACCUCCGCUCCAACCCCGUGUGCAACGUGCCGGGGUACAAGGACGUCGUCAUCAAUACAUUCCCUACCUUGCUCAACUUGGAUGCUAGGGAUUUGGAUCCCGUAGAAAAGCGUUCUUCGAUGAUGUACAUGUCACCCGACGUAUCAGUGUUCGCAAGUCGACGGCUUCUUCGCCUGCUUUACAUUCAGCAGCUGACGAGGUCGCGAGUGUCGCCCUACGUCCCUCCGGCUGACACCACCGAUGUUCCCAUCAUAGUGCUUGUAGGCAAUGAGGCUGUUGGUAAAGGAAGCCUAGCCCGGCGUCUUGCAGAAGAAUGCAGCAACAAAAUAGAGCUGGCCCUGCAGCACACAACAGCUGGCUACCAUUACGCGAACCACUACAAAGUUAUAACGAGACGCAACUUCGACGGCAUGCUUCUCGCUGGGGACUUCCUGACUUACAGCGAAAUGGACGGCGAAUCAUAUGGACUAAGUCGCGAGGAAGCGUUCGUAAAAGAUGGAAAAGUCAAGUUGGUUACAAUGGAUUUGUUGGGUGCUCUCAUGUUGAAACUGCGCGGGUACCGACCGUUCCUGAUAUUAGCGCACUAUUUGGACAAACGAAACCUCGCUCUUAGACAACAUGAACGGAAGGAGGCAAGAAAUUUAGCUCAUGAGAAAAGGCUAUCCCAGGUCUCUUCUAGAGAGUUAUCAGCUUUACAAGUUCUACUUUCCGGUCGAAUCAUUAUUAACGGAAUACUUAACGAGAUACUUCAGGUCUUGACAGACGAUAAAGAAAGAAGUGAAUUUAUAAUAGAUUCAGAAUGUUCUCUCAUGAUGGACAGCGAGACACGUCGAAAUGUAGAUUUCAAGGCUAUCGACAGAAUCGCUUUGUCUAUUUCGAACUCUUCGUUAGUGGAAGAUAAGGCCGAUCUAAAUAAAAGUAAGAACAUAGAUUCUGGUCUGCGUUCCCUUUACAGGGAACCUCAGGGUAUUGACGAAUACGUCAGCGAUGUGUGUGGACUCGAUUUUAAUCAAGAACGAAACCAGUCAAAAAAACCCUCAACUGAUCGCUCCUUACCAAAUAAACAAGAUCCAACAAACGCACCUGUGCAAAAGAGUAUUGACUGUAACAAAUCUUUCACGUGGAAAGGUUUUGGUGCCGCUGAUAGUAGAAAAUCAUCUAAGUCCGUCACAUUCACAUCUCCUGAAAACACCGUGUUUAUUGAUCAAGUGCCUUCUACUUCUGGAAUGAUGGUCGAACCUCGGAUUGAUAGAGAAAUGGAGAAUUUGCUAAUGAAGUCCAUUAGCGAAAAGGUGGCGUGGCCUCACGCAGACGCGAAACCGCAGGACUCGGACCUCUGGCUCGCGUUCCUAAUUGAAAACGGCCUGUUUGUGAACAGCGACACCACUGAACAUUGUGAUCAAGAUCGCCGACCAACUAACACUGAUGAUCCAAAUUUUAUAGUAAAUCAACUAGACCAUUACAAGGAGAUACCUUCAGAAAGUUUCACAACACACAUAAAGGAUACUUAUGAGGAAAUUCAUCGAAAUACUCCUGGUCUUUUCUGGGACACCAUCACUAUGGAUAACCCUGAAGCAGCGUUCAAGAAAAUGAAAACGGUGAUUAAAAAUAUCGUGAAUUCCCAGCCAGACCUGAAGCCAAUGAUAGAUAUAGACUUAACCAAUAUGAAGAACUGUUCAAUAGUUAAGAAAAAGCUUGCCAAUAUUCAUAGUCAAAUUGCUCCACAACGGCUGUUUUACUGAAGUAAA